AGGGAGACUGGUCCAGAGCGAUCUCUCUCGGGCAUCUCUCGUUUGGGGAGCGGAAACUGGACUACUACAAAGAUGGCACCAAAGCGAGCCAAGAAGAAGGCAACAGAAGGCAGCUCCAAUGUGUUCAGCAUGUUUGAGCAAUCCCAGAUCCAGGAGUUCAAGGAGGCCUUCACCAUCAUGGACCAGAACAGAGAUGGCGUCAUUGACAAGAGCGACCUGAGGGACACUUAUGCUGCUCUUGGCCGUCUGAAUGUGGGCAACGACGAGCUUGACGAGAUGGUGAAAGAGGCGUCGGGACCCAUCAACUUCACCGUGUUCCUCACCAUGUUUGGAGAGAAGUUAAAAGGCACCGACCCAGAGGAGACCAUUCUCAACGCUUUUAAGGUCUUUGAUCCAGAGGCCACCGGUAUUAUCAAAGGAGAAGAAAUCAAGUAUUUCCUGAUGUCUCAAGCUGACAAGUUCACAGAUGCUGAGAUCACUCAAAUGUUUGAAAACUUCCCCCUGGAUGUCGCUGGAAAUCUGGACUACAAGAACUUGUGCUAUGUCAUCACCCACGGAGAGGACAAGGAGGAUAAAGAGUAACGCCCACCCUGGAUCGCCACCUCCCGCUACCCUCCACCGCCACCUCCUUCCCCACACAAUAAAACUGUUAUCUAAAACAAA